AGGGAGAAGAACUUUGAAUGGUGCAAAUAUUAGAGAAGCUGGUUGGGGAGGAGAAAAAGGAAACAUCUAGAUGUGGUCAAGGAUCAGUUUCUGCUUCCUCCUACUGAUGAUUCUUCUGAGCCACACGGUCUUCAUUUGGAAGAGCUUUCUCUCUUGAGAAGUCCAUCUGCCUUCGCUAUUCUUUCCAAGAGCAUUUUAUGGAGAACAAAACUGAUCCCGAUGCCGAGAAGACUAGAUUAGAAAAGAAGGAAAGUGCUCGUGAUGCCAUGGAGUCUCGGAAAUCAGAAACAGCCAAACGUCUGGCUACAUUAAUCUCAGGCCUGGUGGAGUGCAUGUGCUUUGCAGGUGUCAUUUUUGGGUGGACAUCGCUGGUCUUUGUCUUCAAACAUUUGAAGUACUUUGAGAACUAUUGUGAGUCAGCCGCCAAUGCAACCAUCAAUCAAACAACUCAAGGCUGUGCAGCUCAGGAUGAACAGUUCUCUCUCAUCUUCACCAUUGGCUCCUUCAUGAAUAACUUCAUGACCUUCCCUACUGGCUACAUCUUUGACCACUUUGGCACCACAGCAGCCCGUCUGCUUGCCAUAUCCUCCUACACCACUGGUACUCUCCUCAUUGCAUUUUCUUCAGCAGCCACUGCAAUAAUGUUGUAUCCAGCAUUGACAUUUAUCUCUGUUGGUGGAAUCCUUCUCAUUCUCACAAAUAUGCAGAUUGGGAAUCUGUUUGGAAAACAUCGGUCCAUCAUCAUUACCCUCUACAAUGGAGCCUUUGAUUCUUCCUCAGCUGUAUUUCUUAUCAUCAAGCUCCUGUAUGAGCAAGGCCUCUCCCUGGGAGCCAUGUUCUUCUUCAUGUCUGCCUGCAGUGCCUGGCACUUAUUUCGCACCUUUUUCCUGAUGCCCCGAUACCAUAUUCCUUAUCCACUGCCCCCAGGCUAUACAUAUGGAAUGAACUGUCCUGGGAUUUCCCAUUCCUACCGCACAUAUGAGGAACAAGACUCCCCCAAGAUCACAGUUGCAGAUGAAGCCCAAGACUCAAAUAAUCUACAUCAUGAGUCAGCACUCAAAGGAGAAGAAGCUACCAUCAAGGAGACAGUUGACAAAGGUGAUGCUGAGACUGGAUCAGACGCCAAGCAACCACCUGUUAAAUCCUUUUGGAAAUGUGCUUUCUCCACGUUGUUUUUCUGGCACUUGAUAUGGCUGUCAGUGAUGCAGCUGCGCCAUUACCUCUUCAUUGGCACCCUCAAUCCCAUGCUGACGAAACUCGCAAAUAAGGACACCAGCCUCGUGAGUAGCUACACCAAUGCAUUUGCCUUCACACAGCUCUGUGGAGUCCUCUGUGCCCCUUGGAAUGGGCUUAUUCUUGACUGGCACAAACACAGGCAAAAGAAGGGAGAAGGUCAUUCAGGGGCACCAGAUCCUAUUGCUGAUCUCCGUUCUUGUAUCCUGUCCCUGCUCAUUACAGUGUUACAGUGCCUGGCCUUCUCCAUCUGUGCUUCCAUUCCUGUGCUGCCUGUGCAGUAUGCCACAUUCAUCUUACAAGUUCUGAGCCGUUCCUUCCUCUAUGGAGGCAAUGCUGCCUUCUUGGCUAUCGCUUUUCCCCUUGAACACUUUGGGAAACUCUAUGGUCUGGUGAUGGGACUGUCAGCUGUGGUGUCCCUUCUACAGUAUGCCUGUUUUGCACUCAUCGAAGGCCCACUAAAGGGAGAUUCCUUUUAUGUUAACAUUGCCUUCAUAGUGUUAAUGCUUCUGGCUUUUGUCAAUCCUUUCACGGUGUGGCGGGAAUGUAAGCGACGAGAGAAGGAGCAGGCUGCAAGAAAGCCAGACCUGAAGUCUUCCAUCUGAGUCCAUCCCAGUUUAGACUUUGGGAACCUCACCUAACAAAAGGGGCCCUUACAAAGGCCUAUGUGGGAACAAACGUUGUCUCUCUAAAUCUCAAGCAGCAAAAUAGGUUACAGUCCCACAUGAUCAGGUGCUCUUAAGUCCUUCAAAUUAAAAGGGUUUAACUGUGUCUAAAUUUGGGCUGGAUUACUAAUUCUAUGUUUCAAAACCAGAUUUAAAUACAGUACCCAGUCUCUUUCUCUCUCUCCAGUAUUUUAUAGAAAUUAAAGCCAGAUUCAUAACUUGGGGGGGUUGGAUUUAGAAUAUAUUUCACUGUUAUGUAUUUUGUCCUUUUUCAGAGAUCUAUUUUUGUGGAUUGUAUAAAAUUUUAGUAUAGAAGCCAAUUUAUUAUUUUUUUCACUUAAAAUGUUUAAUGAACCAGAACCUGUAUUUUUAAUGCAACAAUAUUUUAACCUCCCUUUAAACUUUUGAAUAUAUUGAGAAAUCUUCUACUCUCUAGUUUUUAAUUAUUUAAAUAUUAUAAUACUUGUUUCUAAUAAACUAAACUACACGCCAGCUUUGAAGAACAAACAAACCAAAAAUUAAAGCCCAGGAGUAGCAGGAGAAAUUAAGCCAUUAAAAAAAAUGAAUAAAAAUCUAUCAUAAAAUCAAGUGUCAGUCAAUGAAAGCUAUAAGGGCAGGAAACAGGCUCUGGAUGAUUUUUUUUAAAAUAAUUGGACCGCAAACAUCCAAUGUUAAAACAAUAUCACAAAUUAGAGGAAAGUCGGAGUCCAUGAAUGCUAUAUAUUCUAUGACAGAAAAGCAAAAGAUUAAAAUCUCAUUGCUCAGGCUUAGGAACCCAGGACCUUCACUUUGUUUUUUUCCAUCUCUAGACACAGAAUUCUCAAUGUGGCUUUAUACAUCACGGUCAAGGAACACAGUAGAGUCAGUUACUGGAUUAAAAAGCUGCUCCACCCCACCCCCAAUGAGUUAGCCUAGAUCAGUUAGCCUAGACCAGGGGUCUUCAGGUCUUUUAUGAUUUGUGGACUUCAACUCUCAGAAUUCCUCAGCGAGCAUGCCACAAGUCAUAAAAGGGCCAUGUUUGAAGACCCCUGGCCUAGACUGUGAAUCCUAUCACAUGCUGGAAAACUUCUGCAGAAUGGGAGUUGUCCCAUACCACAAUUUACAGUCUAUCAACUACUGUAAACUCAGUUAUUCUAUUUUGUGGCUUCUGCAUUGGAAAGAAUAAGCAUGGAAAAGUGUAUCCUUCACCCUUCAGGUAAAGAUUGGAGACGCUGACUCUCUGCCAUCCCCACCCCAUGUCUCCACAUCUUAGAACAUUCCUGAAAGCAAUUUACAAGUUAAUUUUGGUGCAGUCAAGAAGCAAAAGCAAAUGGGCGUUACUUUCCAUUGGGAUCCAAUUGCUGAUCCAAUGGAGUGCAGUAUAUCAAGGCUCUGUUACAAUACUUGUCUUCUACGUUUUCAUUCCUUUGAGAGGGUUAAGCCAACUCUGUCUUCUGAUAAACAGAGAUAGAAUCCAAAGUUCUAUUAGUUUUUUUUUUUAAGUUGGAAACAAAUACCUAGCAAAACUGUGGCCAUUGUUUCUUUGAUGCUUUGCUCCCAUCCUUCAUUUUGGAAGGAGGUGAAAGAUAACCAAACACUUCAUUCCAAGACGUAGAGGCUUAGAAAUGUUUCCACAAUUAUUUAUGGCCGAAGAAGAGAGAUGAGCUAGUCCAUACAAGAAGAUGGAUGCAAUGGAGUGUGGUGAAAACAUUGUGUUGGGGUAUUCUUUCGCAGGAAUGGCAGUGAGAAAAAUUGUUUUGACUCUUUCUCCAUGUCUUAACUCUCAGAGGUAGAAAAUUAGUUAGGAUCUUCCCUGAAACAUAUCUGACUCAGAAAAAUCCCCUGCUGACCUACUGGAUUGUUUCCAGAUGGAUUUGAACCUUAUACAAGCAAACAAAGGAACAAUGCAGCUAGUCCAGUUUUUCCACUCCUAGUAAACUGGAGGAAGGGAAAAACACAGAGCAUUAGAAGAAGCUGUGUUCUUAAUGCUGAGUAAACAUUCUAUAAAUGAGGCAGAGUAGUUGCAUCAUGAAAACCUCAUCUAGAGAAGAUUCUUGUAUGUUCUCCAGAAGCAUCUCUUCAUUUAUCCCUUACAUUAUACCUCUAAAUAACCAAGGCUGAAGUUCUUCACUUCAACAGAGUUUAUCCAUUGCAUAAUGGCAAGGUUUAUUUAACCAAGAGUUAUUGAAAAAGCUGCAACUGGUACUAAGUUGUAUAAUCACAACAGCUGAGUGUAUGUAAUAUGCUAAGCCAAAACUGAUAAAACUACAUGUUGCCUUAUUCUGAUAGAUCAAACUGGUCAUACACUACAUCAACCAGCUAGUUAGAUCUUCUGAAUGUUUAGAUGAGGCUUACUCAUAGAUACAAUGGAUCUGUAUCUUUCCAAAUGUUUUAUUGUGAUGUGCAACUUCAUUCUGAAUAAACUUAAGAUUGAGAUGUUUGAGUGUUUUUCCUGCGAGCCCAUUAUGUGCACUUUCUUAAACGUUGGACAUUAAUUUGAAUUGACUUCAUUGUACAGCUACUUUCAAUCUCUUUCAAAAUAAAAUGUAUGCAUUGUAAUUCUUAACCUA